AUGUUAAUGGAAUCCGCCAACCGACUAAAUGUGCAAAUGAACAUCCUAGAUGCGGAGAAAGCCCCCGCAAAACAGAUCUCUUGGAAUGAUAACCAUGUCACCGGCUCUUUUAUGGACCGUGACUCCGUACGCAAGCUGGCCGAAAAUAGUGACGUGUUGACUGCUGAAAUUGAGCAUGUUGAUACAUAUGCGCUGGAAGAGGUCGAGUCAUUGGUUGAUGUCCAACCGAGCUGGAACAGUAUCCGGAUUAUUCAAGAUAAGUUCGCACAGAAAGAACAUUUAGCCAAAUUUGGGAUUCCGCAGGCGGAGUACCGGGAGUUAAAAAAUGGCACAGCAGAAGAACUGAGCUCAAUUGGAGAGGAGCUUGGUUUUCCCUUAAUGCUAAAAUCGAAAACUGGGGCUUACGAUGGCCGAGGCAACUUUGCUGUGAAGUCUAGGGAGGACAUACCAGCAGCAUUGGAGGCGCUGAACGGUCGGCCCCUUUAUGCAGAGAAAUGGGCAAGUUUUGUAAUGGAACUGGCUGUCAUAGUCGUGAAGACAAAAGAUGCCGUCUUGUCAUACCCUACCGUUGAGACAGUGCAGGAGAAUUCGAUAUGCAAGCUUGUCUACGCUCCGGCGAGAAACGUUUCAGAUGAUAUUAAUAGGGCGGCCCAGAAGAUUGCGCGAGAUGCAGUUGCCGCAUUUGAUGGAAAAGGCGUCUUUGGCGUCGAAAUGUUCCUCCUAGAAGACCACUCGAUACUACUUUGUGAACUUGCUAGUCGCGUUCAUAAUUCUGGACAUUAUACUAUUGAAGCAUGCGCCGUAUCUCAAUUUGACGCUCAUUUGCGGGCGAUAUUGGAUCUUCCGAUCCCUGCGAAAAGCCUCGAACUCCGUCAGCCCGCGAUUAUGCUGAAUAUAUUAGGCGGGUCUACUCCCGAUGCACACUUAAAAAUCGCAGAGUCCGCUUUAUCCAUACCGAAUUCAGGAGUUCAUCUUUAUGGAAAAGGUGCUGGCAGGCCAGGACGCAAAAUGGGGCAUGUUACAGUCACGGCUCCCACAAUGCGCGAAGCUGAGGAGCUUAUUCAACCUCUUAUUCAGCUUGCAGAUGGCGAUGGCGCAAAGACAAAUAUCUUAUCAACGCCCCGGCCGACCGUUGGUGUGGUUAUGGGGUCGGACAGUGAUUUGAAGACACUAGUUCCGGGCCUCAAAUUGCUUGAGGAGUAUUUUAAUAUCAAACUAGAGGUCGAUAUCACGUCUGCCCAUCGCACCCCUGAUUAUAUGGCUGAGUAUGCUUCUACAGCCGCAUCGCGCGGUAUUAAGGUUAUCAUCGCCGCCGCGGGCGGAGCUGCUCACCUUCCCGGCAUGGCAGCUGCUCAUACAUCCCUGCCUGUUAUUGGCGUACCAGUAAAGGGCAGUGCCCUAGAUGGCGUUGAUAGUCUAUACAGCAUUGUACAGAUGCCUCGAGGAGUUCCAGUUGCAACUGUGGGUAUUAACAAUAGUAUAAAUGCAGCACUACUGGCUGUUCGCAUACUCGGGGCCCAUGAUGAUAGUUUACGGAGGAAAGUUGAAGCGUAUGCAAAAGUCGCGAAGGAUGAAAACCUAGACAUGAAGGGGGUUAAGAUGCGCGAGAUCGGCUGGGAAAAGUACUUUGCGCAAAUGCAAAACAAGUAG